CGCUGAAGCAUCUCAGACGCACAGGCAGACUCCAUCCGCUCAGGAAGACAAAUCAGUCAGUUCUCAGAUCAUUGCAGUUUAUCACUUUCUAGUGUUAUCCAGGUUAUCGAAUCAAACGUUGGAUGAAUACAGCUUUCCACCGGACACAGGGGAUGGUUCAUUUAGCUUUGUAAGGAAAAUCAUCUUGUCAACCUGACACAUGAGGAUGACCCCUUGUAGAGGAAUCAUGAGGGUGGCGCUUUAGUGAGAUAUUAUAGGGUUCUGGUAAUGUGCCAUGGGGUACGACGUCACCAGGUUCCAAGGAGAGGUGGACGAGGAUCUGUUGUGCCCUAUCUGCAGCGGGGUGUUGGAGGAGCCAGUGCAGGCCCCGCACUGUGAGCAUGCCUUCUGCAAUGCCUGCAUCACACAGUGGUUUGCACAGCAGCAGAUCUGCCCUGUGGACCGCACUGUGGUGACUCUUGCCCAUCUGCGACCCGUUCCCCGCAUCAUGCGUAACAUGCUUUCCAAGCUACAGAUCUCCUGUGAUAAUGCCGGCUUUGGCUGCACCGCCACCCUGCGUCUUGACCAGCUACAGUCGCACCUCAAGGACUGUGAGCACAACCCCAAACGACCAGUCACGUGUGAGGAAGGCUGCGGGCUAGAAAUGCCCAAGGAUGAGAUGCCCAACCACAACUGUAUCAAACACCUACGCAGUGUAGUGCAACAACAGCAGACCAAGAUUGCAGAUCUGGAGAAGACUGCUGUUGAGCACAAGCACCAACUUGCAGAGCAGAAACGUGAUAUUCAGCUCCUGAAAGCUUACAUGCGAGCAAUUCGCAGUGCUAACCCUAACCUACAAAACCUGGAGGAGAGCAUAGAAUACAAUGAAAUUCUGGAGUGGGUUAACUCUCUCCAACCUGCUCGUGUGACCCGUUGGGGAGGAAUGAUCUCCACACCUGAUGCUGUCCUCCAGGCCGUCAUCAAACGCUCACUCACUGACAGUGGAUGUCCAUUGUCGAUUGUUAAUGACCUAAUUGAGAAUGCCCACGAGCGCAAUUGGCCCCAAGGCUUGGCCACACUGGAGACACGGCAGAUGAACCGGCGAUAUUAUGAAAACUAUGUGGCCAAACGCAUUCCAGGAAAGCAGGCGGUGGUUGUAAUGGCCUGCGAGAACCAACACAUGGGUGAAGAUAUGAUUCUGGAGCCAGGCUUGGUUAUGAUCUUCGCUCAUGGGGUUGAGGAAAUCAUAUAGGCUGCAUUUAGAAGGGUAAUAGGGUGUCAGUUUUAAAAGGGGUUUACAGAGACUGAAUUGAUUUUCCCCUAUAAAAAAAAAUACAUUCAUCACACUGAAUUUCAAUAUCAGAACCUCAGUCAAUGGCAGUCUUUACCUCAAAUUUUAAGGAUGGACACAGGCAGAGAGAUGACCUCUAUGAAGUCUCCGCUCUCUUGAAAGAUCUGACGAAGAGUACCUCCAGCAUUCCCUUUCUCUUUGCCUUAAAAGGACUUUUUCAAUAAAUGGAACCUAAACAACCCAACUUGAAACAUUAUCAGGGAUGUUGGUACACAUAUGUUUUAGCAUUAAUAUGGACUGAAGGAUUUGAAGUGAUGUCUUAUCUAAUUUCCCCUUUAACAUUUAUUCCCCUCUGUCAGUGAAUUACGAGUAAAGACAUGUCCCUAAUGGUGUUCAGCAAUGUAAAAGAUCACUUAAGAUUCUUGUAAAUACAGAUGAUAAAGAAAUAGACAAAUAUAUUCUAUCUGUUCUUGUUAUUGUAGAGUAGUAGACAUUUUUGCUGUCUUCAUCUCAGUUUGCAAUUUAGAGUAGUGUGUUUAAGCUACCAUGGAUCUCAAUGUUUUUUAUCGUUUCUUCUUUUUUUAAAGAGAGCUAUGAUUAAAGUAUGCUAGAUAAAGAUCUCUCUGCUCAGUGUCUGCGCUGAGUGGCGAUUAAGAAAACAUGAUGUCGGCCCUAAUAUAGUUAUAGUGAAGAGGUUUGUUCUUUAGAGGCAAUACAAAGAGUAAAGGAGAAGAGACACAUGGUGGAAAUCAGUGAUCAAUUUGAUACCUUUUUCAAUUACUGUGUGUAUUAUUUGAUUUGAUUUUUCACCAGAAUUGCCUGAAUACUAAAUCAGUUUUUGCAAAUAAGGCACCACCUUUCCAUUCAACACUCUGGUGUUUUUUUUUUUACAAGAUCAUACAAAUUUGAAUUUCUACUGUGAUCACUUGGUAUAUCUCAGCUUGUGUAAGACAGGAGAGAACAAUAAAAUGUAUUUGAGUUGAUUGUCAUAUGGUCUCCAACCCAUAAAUUGGAUGAAAAUGUUAUGAAUAGAUUAUGAAGUAUAGAAAUGUUCAUGAAUGUUCAAAAUUUCCAAUGACCAACCUAGAGCUAAUGUAAAAAACACUUGAUGUCUAUAGCUUGAUGUCCUGCAACUUAUCUGGACCUGUUUACUGUGGUUCACAUCUGAACUGUUUUCUAAUCCAUCAGUUUGCCACUACACCUCUUGACUUUAAAGAAUAAACGAGUUGUAUUUUUGUUUAUAUUGUACAAUUGACUGGAUAAGUGAUUUGAGAAUUUAGCGUAUUUUUUGUCAGAGUACCUUUGUUGUACAAAGUUGAUUUAAGUGUUGGGUGAGUUUAAUUGAUGUUGUAUGACAGUUGUCUCUGCAACCAAAGUGUUUUGUUGUGUUGUAUGCACAUUGUGCUAUCGUUCUUGCUUCUUUUUCUUUUUACUUUUUUUUUUGCUGUGCGAACAUACCGAAAAUAUAAAUUCAGUGAUUCUGAAAUGUUUCAUUUGAGUAAUUGUAUGUCGUCUGCUCCAGUGUUACAUAUACCCAAAUGCUCAGUGCAUUGUUUACAAUAGCUUUUUGCAAAUGUUGUUUAAUAUGGGCAGAAAACUAUUAAGGACCCAGAAUGUUUGUAUUCUGCAAUAUUCAACCAGGCCUAUGUAAAUUAAGGGGAGAAAUGUCUGUGAACUUUGCCUUAUAACACUUAAUUUUACAUUUUGGUGCAUGAUUGCUUUAUUAUCUCACAAGGCAUCUCUGUGCGUCAUCUUACAAUUACACUCACAAGUAGAAGCAAUUAGACAUAAUCCAAUGGAAAAAUUACUCCAUAUCAGUCUGCUCACCUUUCACAUAUUAACUUCUGUUGGACAUUGUUCACUGAUGUUACCUGAAUUCAAAGCUAUUUACUACAUAUAAAAUAGAGAUUCACACCUAUUUGCGUUCAGCUGACGCAUCAUCUCUUAUUGGACACGCAAGACUUCUAGAUGCUCAGGAUUUUAUCAUCUGAUGUCAGGGACAUUCAAAGAGCUCAUUUUUCUUGCUGCGGCAUUGUCCAUGGAUGUGGCAUUCUUCUGUUUGUUUGUUUUUUGUCUUUAUCCUUGCUUUUGUGCUGUGGGUUACUGACAGAAUAUGAAUACAUAUUAUUGAU